AUGAUUUUACGACUGGAUCCAUGUGGCUUGAUAUGUGUUCUUAUGAUAUACGGGUCAGUGGUCUAUGCGGAUUACGUAGUCACUAUCUGGAUGGUUAUGCCGGUAUUUGGAAAUUCCGUUUGGGGUGCUUUUCAUAUAACUUUGUUCAACACCCUCAUAUUCAUGACGCUGUUUUCUCACGGGCGCACAAUGUUCACUGAUCCAGGAAUAGUUCCUAUACUGAAAAACAAGUAUGUUUACACCGAACUUAUUUCCCACUUGUUUUACAAAAUAAGAGCUUACACCCAUUGGACGAUGUGUACUCGAUGCGAGUCAUUUAGACCUCCUCGUGCACAUCACUGUCGUGUUUGUCGUCGAUGUAUUCGCAAAAUGGACCACCACUGUCCGUGGGUAAAUAACUGUGUUGGAGAAUUCAACCAAAAGUUUUUCCUCCAAUUUCUCUUCUACGUCGGGUUAUCUAUAAUGAUCCUCUCCUGGAUCUACGACGAUGAGUUCGCCACCACAGGUCUUAAGGGACCGUUUGGAGAGAACGCACAUCAUGCAAAAGUAUUACAUUCUAUCUUUCUGUCUAUGGAAUGUGCAGUUUUUGGAAUGUUUGUAUUGGCUGUGUCAUGCGACCAGCUAGGAGCGAUUUUUUCUGAAGAAACAGCUGUUGAGGCGGCCCAAAGACGAACGAAGCAGGUGUACAAACGAGGAAGUCGCAAAGGAAGGUUUGCGCUUCUUAGGGAAGUUUGCGGAGGAGGCUCGUUGUAUUCCUGGUUUAUUCCUUGUUCUUCUCCACCAGUUAGCCGUGAUCACUGUGUAGAUCGUAGAAAGUUGAAUCAUAUCGAUAUAUGA